AUGGAAAAAAUUCAAGAUAUUAUUCAUGAAUUAAAAAAUGCAAAUAAUGAAGAUGAUAUUAUAGAUUUAUGUUUUUCAAUUAUAUCUAUAAUUUCAGAAAAUGUUAAUAAUUAUAGAUUAUUAAUUAAAGAUGAAAUGUUAACAUUUCUAAAGACUGGACUCAGUGACCAAGUUAAUCCAGAAGUUACCACAACUACAAUCAGGUUAUUGCAGUUGCCAUUAAAAGUAGAACCAAAAGAAACAUUAGAGUUUAUUUUUAAAAAUGGAAUAUUAGAGGAUUUGCUAAACAAUUUAAAAGUUUCAAGUAUUGGUGUCUCACAAGCUGCUAAAGAAAUGUUCAAUAAAAUUAUAUCACUACAUCAACAUAACGACUUUAUUAUAUUCAGCGACUGGUUUAAAAAUAAAUAUAAUGAUUUACUUAACGAAUAUAGCGGCAAAGAAGUCAAUGGUCAAGAUAAAAUCAUUCUUUUCAGAAUUAUUGAUAUUGGUUCAAAUCUUUUAAGCUUCAAGCAAAUUGAAGGAUCUUUUAAUAUACAAAGCGAGUCACCAGAGGCAUUGAAACUAUAUACCGACAAAUUAUUCGAAAAAUACAAGGAGCCAUUCAUUAGCAGAAUAAUCAAAAUAUUUGACGAUGCUGUAGAAAACGACGAUUUUAUGACCCAGAUGAAUAUAAUCAAAUCCAUUGAAGAAAUAUGUAAAUUUAGUAAUGGUAUUGAAACUCUUUAUUCCAAAGGAUUCUUCAAAUCAAUUUCUGAUUUAUUAGAAAAGAGUAUCGAUUCCAAAUAUCAGGAUAAAUUAUUGGGAAGUUCACCACUACUAAACAAAUCAAUAUCAUUUGUUGCCAAUGUGUCAAGUAAAGGAAAUGACCAUAUCACCGUUCUAUUCAAAGAUUUUAACUACCUCAAUAUAUUUAGAUACCAUUUAGAUCAUUGUGAAGAAUUCCUUUCAAAGAAAUUAAAAAUGGUUAUUAUUGGCUCCAUUGGUAUCAUUGGCAUGCAUGUUAAAGGUUUGGAUUUAAUCAAUAGAGAUAGAGAGCUAAUGAGAACAUAUGCAGAGUUUCUAGCAUCUGGUGACCAAGAAACUAUCGUCACUAUUUACAAUUCAUUUGCAAUCAUGUUAAAAUCAAAAGAAAAGAUUUAUACUGUCAGCGAUAAAAUUUAUCAAGUUUACAGCUCCAUACCAUCAGAUUUACUCUUGAGUAAACUCUCAAAGAAUUAUCAAUCACCAAUCGAAGAUGUAAAAAAUGCAAGUUUAGGUUUCAUUCAAGCUUUAUCAAUUCACUCAUGGGGUGCUGAUUCCGUAAUCAAAAUGGCUGGUUUUUUUGAAUAUUUAAUGAACAGAAUGAAUGAAACUACCAAAACAGCAAAAGAAUGGAAAUUUUUUAUUGUUCAAACAUUAUAUAACAAUCACAAAGAUUUAUUUUCUUCAGAUCCCGAAUGGAGGGAUAGAUAUUUCCAAAUGGAAAGUUAUAUCAAAAAAGGUGUUCACUUUAUUCCUUAUGAAGCUAAUAUUAAGGUAGAAAAUGAACAUUUAUAG